GUCUUCAUGUGCCGAGCGGUCUCGUUCUGUGUCCGCGUAGCGAACACGAAACACGGACCGCUUGUCUGGAGGUACUUUCGGUCGAACGUCUGUUGAAUGUCCAACGUCAAAAGCGGUUUCCCCAGUCAGAAUAUUUGGAUCACGCUUGAUAUUGACGGUGGCGCUGAACACGGCCAGAAUAACGAGGACGAUUACAUAAGAGAACAUCAUGUGAAGUCCUUAAUCCUACUCCGCCUCCCCAGAACCACAGAACCAUGCAAAUGAUAAAGCUGAGCCUCAGAAGACGAUGGACAGCUUCUCCCAUGAUGGUGUUAGUGAUGAGCGUCUUCAGUGGACACACACUUGCGUGUCAUCCAGCAGAGUAUCAGACAGAAAACGGAUGCUGCCCCAUGUGUUUACCUGGGAGUCGAGUAACAAGAGUCUGUACAGAGACGAUGAGUACGUCCUGUCUGCCCUGUUUGGACGGAACCUACAUGAACAAGCCCACUGGACUCAAACAGUGUUUCCCCUGCACAAACUGUAAUGAAGGUUCUGGUCUGAAAACGAAGACGUCAUGUAAAAUAACAUCAGACACAGUCUGUGAACCGCUGGAGGGAUUUUACUGUGUGGAGUCUUCAGAUAACGACUGUAAUGCAGCAAAGAAACACAGAAGCUGUGAACCAGGACAAUACAUCAGUAAAAAUGGAACAGCGUCCUCAGACACAGAGUGCUCUGACUGCAGGGAUGGAUCCUUCUCAGAUGGAUCAUUUACAUCCUGUCGACCUCACACACAAUGUAAAACAAAAAACCUUCAGCUGGUAAAAGCAGGAACAGCUUCGGCUGAUGCUCAGUGCUCCUCUGAGGCAGUAACGUCGAGGAACGUCUCACUCAUCUUAUUAUUUACUGCCUCAUUUUUAUCAUCAGUUUACUUUGUCUGAGAGAAAAAAGCCCCCUGACGUACACCCAGUAAUUUGAUGACAUCAUCAGCCUGACCCACUGCAUCGCAAGCUUAACGUCUGUGUGGAGACCACUGUACCCACUCAGAGGCUGAAGUUCUUCUUUAAGAACAAGCCCUGAGUAAGGUGCAUCUCAGGAGGAGCAGCAGAGAGUCAGUACAGUGCCAAAUCAGUGUUGCAAUCCACGUCUGGACUGAGGUAACCUGACCUACAGUACAUGUGAACUUAACUCCCUCAUUGAAGAGCCUCUACGUCCUUUCCAGUCCCCAGAGAUAGGGAAUCUGUGAAUCUUUCUCCAUCACAGGAGACUGGUUUCUAUCAUAACAGGCACCAAUUGGCACCAACAUCUCACAUGUCCAUAUUAAAGAACCAUGAGCCUACUUUGUUGAUCUACCUGUAAAUCUCUCAGGAUUCCACCUGUGCUUAUCAUUCCAAAAGGACAGGCUGUCACAUUUAUCACUGAGAAGCUGUCUCUCCCAGAACUGGGACCACCAACCAUAAAUGUGGAAUGUGCUCAUCAAGAGAACAAGAGACUUCAUUUGGACACUGAUUCAGAUGCACCAGAACUUCCAACUUCCAUGAAACUGAUGCCAUUGCAUUCUGUGGACAAAAUGUUUUCAUUUGAUAUUAGAUUGGUUUCUGUGUGAUGUUUAAUGCCUGAUCUACAGAUUUGCCAGGAAAUGCCUAAAGUCACAAAGGGACUCCAACUUAUCACCACCCUUUCCUUUGUGUGUAGGCACAAAGUUGAAACACAGAUACUCACCUUCUUCACUUCUUUUAAUCUGUGCAUCAUGCAUAUUGGCUAUGUCCACCAGCUGAAAUUAGCUAGCCUCAUUAUUGUAUUGCAUUUUAAGUGUUACAAUAGUUUAAUUAGUAAUAUCUAGAUUAAUUCAUUUACAAGUUGAUUUUGCUUGCAUUUAUUAUUUGUAUAUGUUAUGGUGUGAUGGAACUUUGAGCUUGAUGAAAAGAGGAAAGCUUAGUUAUCCCAGAUUUAGGAGCAGUCCAAAUCAAAUAGUUUGAGUUAGUUAGUUGAGUUUGAGUUAGUGAUUCCUGACCUGAAGAGGUGAAACUCUCACCACUUGUUGAACUCAUUUCUCCGCCCUCAAGUGACCCAGUCCCCAACUGCGGUUAAGCGCUUUACAGCAGAGCACAAAACACGCUCGUUGCGACUUCCUCUUUUCAUAACGAGAUGUCUGAUUUGUUCAAAAUAUGGAAAACUACGAAAAAAAAUAUUGCAUACAUAGAAAAGCUGUCGCCUAAUAAAGAUUUGUGUACUUUUA